AAACUUUUAAUUUUGUAAGAUAACAAGCCUUGUACUGCAAACCCAUCGCAACCAUGUCCAUCCCGAACGACUCCCUGGACGAUGACGACCUGUUAGCCAACCUGGAUCUGCCGCCGCCACCCAAAAAAGCCGCUGCAACGUCAGCAUCGGAAGGCGAAAACAGCAGCAGCACCGGCAUCGUCGUACGUUCCGUAAACAAAGGGAACUGCGUCCUGGUGAACCCGAAGCAGCGCGGCAAUCCGCUGCUCAAAUCCAUCCAGAACAUCCCGUGGGAGUACGACGACAUCGUGCCGGACUACGUGGUCGGAGCGACGACGUGCAUCCUGUACAUCUCCCUCCGGUACCACAAUCUCAAUCCGGACUACAUCCACGGGCGGUUGAAACUGCUCGGGAAGAUGUACGAGCUGCGAGUGCUGCUGGUCCAGGUGGACAUACAGGAACCGCACAAUGCGCUGAAACACCUGACCCGGAUUUGCCUGCUGGCCGAUUUGACGCUGAUGCUGGCGUGGAAUGCCGAGGAGGCGGGCAAGAUUGUCGAAACGUACAAGAUGUUCGAGAAUAAACCGCCGGAUUUGAUUAUGGAACGCGCCGAGCAGUAUCCGUAUCAAAAGCUCGUGAGUGCGCUGACCAACAUCAAACCGGUCAACAAGACGGAUGCCAUGACGUUGAUCCAGAACUACGGAACGCUGGCCUGUAUGAUCAACAGUAGCGAGGAGAAGCUGUCGCUCUGUUCCGGGCUGGGUCCCAGGAAGGCGAAGAAGCUGCACAAAACAUUCAAUGAGAAUUUCCUGAAAUCGUGAAUG